AAAGUACUACCCCAGCGAAAAGUACUACAUGAGCGAAAAGCACUACACCGAUGGAAAGUACUACGCUGGCAGAAAGUACUAUGUCGACCGAAAGUACUACGCCGACAGAAAGUACUAUGUCGACAGAAAGUACUAUGUCAACAGAAAGUACUAUGCCGGCAGAAAGUACGAUGCCGGCAGAAAGUACGAUGCCAGCGGAAAGUACGAUGCCAGCAGAAAGUACUACAAGGGCAGAAAGUACUACGCCAACAGAAAGUACUACAAGGGCAGAAAGUACUACGCCAACAGAAAGUACUACAAGGGCAGAAAGUACUACGCCAACAGAAAGUACUACAAGGGCGGAAAGUACUACAUCAGCGGAAAGUACGAAGCCAGCAGAAAGUACUACAAGGGCGGAAAGUACUACACCGAUGA